AUGGCUCCCACACGCGUCGGAAUCGUCGGGCUAUCUGCCAAGGGGCCAGGCUUCGUCCCGGGAGUGUGGGCCACAUUGACCAUCCUGCCGUCCAUCCGGAACUCGCCCGAGUACGAAAUCGUCGCUCUCUGCAACUCGUCCGUCGAGGCCGCCCGCCGCUCGAUUGCGAUGCACGGGCUCCCGAGCUGGACCAAGGCCUACGAUGACAUCCGCGAGCUCGCGGGGGACGCCGACGUAGACCUGGUCGUCGUCAGUGUCGGCGUGCCCAAGCACCUCGAGCUGGCGGUCCCCGCACUCGCCGCCAAGAAGAAGGUCUAUAUCGAGUGGCCGCUUGGCGCCUCAGUCGCGGAGGCUGAGAGGCUGGCCGGGCUGGCUGAGGCGGAUGGGCUGCAGACUAUUGUCGGUCUCCAAGGCCGGAGUGACAGCCUCACCGUCAAGCUGAGGGAGAUAGUCGAAAGCGGCGAGAUCGGCGACCUCUUAAGUACUUCUGUCGUUGGCACGCUCCUGAUCAACCCCCCGAGUUACUGGGUCGAGGGGGCUGAGUAUUACCUCGACAUCAAGAGCGGAGCGAAUAUGUUCCACAUCGGCUUUGGACACUUUCUAGACUCAUUUACUCACGUCCUUGGCGAUUUCGACCUUGGCACUCUGUCCUCCGUCCUCAAGAUUGACCUCACACAUGGGCCCCUACGCAACGCAGAGGGGAAGGUCGUCGACCCAGCAUACCCUAAAAGCGCGCCCGAUCACGUCCUCGUUCAGGGAAAGCUGAAUGGCGGUGCCACGGCCUCGCUGAACUUCAGGACAACCAGUGCCACUGUUGGUGACGUUGGCGCCCGCUGGAUCAUCAGCGGGACCAAGGGAGAAAUCGAGGCCAGCUGGGGCAACAUGGUAAUGUGGCAGACCCCCCACCCCAGCAAGAAGCUCAAAAUUAAGCUCUUCACCGGGGAGGAGCGGGACGUCGAGCUGAAGAGGCCGGAUAUCCCCACCGUAGCCAAUGUUUCAGACUUGGCGCUGAACACGGCUCUGAUCCUAGAUGCCUUCGCCAAGGGUAACGGCUCGCGGUAUGCCAACUUUGAGUCUGCGUUGAAGACCCAUCGUCUAUUGGACGAGAUCUUGAAAAGGUCCGGCUACGAGGCCUAA